UUAAUAUUGUAAUUUCAUCUCCAAAUUUUAAUUUUAAACCAAUUUCAAAGUCUGAAAAAAGCAUGACUUCACACAACAAGAAGUGCGUCACCGGAGGCUUACUAGAACAUGCCGUAACAAUGAGCCAAAAAGCGUCUCCGCCAUGGUCGACUUCCCCAAAUCUCUCUCUGCGAAGCGACUUCUGAAGCUCCUCAAAGCCCAGAAGAAUACCCACUCUGCGCUUUCUCUUUUCGACUCCGCCACUCGCCAUCCGGGCUACACCCAUUCUUCCGACGUGUUUCACCACAUCCUCCGACGACUUGUCGUCGUCGACCCGAAGCUCCUCCCCCAUGUGGGUCGGGUCGUCGAGCUCAUUCGCACCCAGAAAUGCAAAUGCCCUGAAGAUGUUGCUUUGACGGUGAUCAAGGCCUAUGCGAAGAACAAAAUGGCUGAUCAAGCUCUCGAUGUGUUUCAACGAAUGGACGAGAUUUUUGGUUGUAGUCCUGGUAUAAGGUCGUAUAAUUCUUUGCUUAAUGCAUUUGUUGAGUCGAAUCAGUGGGACAGAGCCGAGUCGUUUUUCGCGUAUUUUGAAACUGUGGGUGUGUCGCCGAAUUUGCAAACGUACAAUGUUCUGAUCAAGAUUUUGUGCAAGAAAAAGCAAUUUGGCAAGGCCAGGAGGUUGUUGGAUUGGUUGUGGGAAAAGGGUUUAGAGCCUGACGUGUUUAGUUAUGGUACUCUGAUCAACGCGUUUGGUAAAAGUGGGAACUUGGUGGAUGCUUUGGUGUUGUUCGAUGAAAUGCCUGAAAGAGGGGUUACGCCUGAUGUGAUGUGUUAUAAUAUCUUGAUUCAUGGGUUUUUUUUUAAAGGGGAUUUUGAGAAGGCUAAUGAGAUUUGGGAAAGGUUGGUGGAAGAUUCUUUGGCAUAUCCAAAUGUUGUGAGUUAUAAUAUUAUGAUUAAUGGUUUCUGCAAAUGUGGAAAGUUUAAUGAAAGUUUUGAAAUAUGGAAUAGGAUGAAAAGGAAUGAGAGAGAUCAGGAUUUAUAUACUUAUAGUUCUUUGAUUCAUGGGUUGUCCAAAUCGGGUAAUGUUGAUCGGGCUGAGAGAGUUUAUAAAGAGAUGAUCGAGAGUGGUAUAAUACCUGAUGUUGUUACAUAUAACGCGAUGCUUGGUGGAUACUGUCUAGCAGGAAAGGUAAGGGAGGCUUUGGAGUUGUGGGAGGUGAUGGGAAAGGCUGAUCGUCGAAAUCUUGUAAGUUAUAACAUAUUAUUCAACGGGUUGUUUCAAUGUGGAAAGGUGGAUGAAGCUAAUUCUAUCUGGGAACACUUGUUUGAGAAGGGAUUUUCUGCCGAUUCCACAACUUAUGGAGUACUAAUUCAUGGACUUUGCAAUAAUGGGUACCUGAAUAAGGCUAUAUGCAUAUUAAAAGAGGCAGAACAUAAAGGAGCUGAUCUGGAUAUCUAUGCAUAUUCUUCAAUGAUCAAUGGUUUAUGCCAAGAAGGGAGAUUGGAUGAAGCAUCUGGUGUAGUUCAUCAAAUGGAAAAUCAUGGGCAUGCACUGAAUUCUCAUAUUUGCAAUUCACUGAUUGAUGGGUUUAUCCACGCUUCCAAACUUGAAGAUGCAAUCCGCUUUUUUAAGGAAAUGAGCACCAAGGGUUGCUCUCCUUCAGUUGCUUCCUACAAUAUUCUCAUAAAUGGUUUAUGCAAAGUGGAAAGAUACAGUGAUGCAUAUGAUUUUGUGAGAGAAAUGCUGGAGAAGGGGUGGAAGCCAGAUAUGAUCACCUAUAGCUUACUGAUAGAUGGCCUUUGUCAGAGCAAAAAAAUCGACAUGGCCCUCAACUUGUGGCAGCAAGUACUUGACAAGGGUUUUACUCCUGAUGUGACCAUGCACAACAUUUUAAUGCAUGGGCUUUGCUCUGAAGGCAAAGUGGAAGAUGCUUUGCAGCUCUGUUUUCAGAUGAGGGAAUUUAAUUGUGUUCCAAAUCUUGUGUCUUAUAACACCCUGAUGGAGGGCUUUUUCAAGGUCAGAGAUUAUGAUAUGGCAUCGGGGAUAUGGGCCCUCAUUUUAAAAAAUGGGCUACAGCCAGACAUCAUUUCAUAUAAUAUUACUCUCAAGGGGCUUUGCUCCUGCAGUAGAAUGUUAGAUGCCAUUGAAUUUUUGAAUGACGCUUUGGAUCAGGGAAUUAUUCCUACUGCAAUAACUUGGAAUAUACUUGUUAGAGCGGUACUUAGUAAUGAUGCAAUGACGUAAUUCUUUUUGGCUUAUUAUAGGUUGUAAGUAUGCAUGUCAAUUUUUUGCUAUCAAGCUAUAACGAUCUGAGAAGCUUUUUUCCAUUUCUUUUGUAUUAAUACGGUAUUAAUGACAAAGAAAUGUUCAUAAAGCAGCACUGCAACAGUAUGGUAACAGAGUUAGACUUUUUUGGAGACUGAAGUAAAUAUCGCCAAAACUAACAGAUGUUGAUGCAAGAGCUAAACGCUUGAUGUAUCAAGCCCAAGUCAUUAGAUUUUGCUUGGGACUAUUGUAUCAUACUCCGUUCCUCCAGGUUAAGGCUAAGUACUUUACACAAUAGUUCGCUUUAGUGGAAAGUACAGAGGUCGGGUAUUUUUUUCCCCCUCUGUCCUUCUGUUUUUUGUUUCUUGUGUCUCUGAUAAAAUCGUCUGCUCAAGUAUGUACUGAGAAAUCGAAACCACUAAAUUGCCCCAGUAACUGGGGCAUUUCACAAAUCAGGUGGAGGAGAGAAUGAAAGAAUUUAACAAGAAUUAAACAAUUCCAAUGAUUAGCAGGGCAAUUUAAAGCAAGCAUCUUAUCAUGGGUAUCCUCUCCAAUCUUGUCGAACUCAGCGUUGGAAUCUUCUCCAUAGUGGGUGAGCUAUGCAGAAGAAAUAACCAGGUCGGCUUUUUGAGCUUGGAGCUGCAUUAUGCUGUAAGCAGCUCUUGCGUGUGAGUAUCAUCUCCUGGGGAGGGUAACUCUGAGUCAAAUCAUAAGACUUGCAGAGGCACAGGUCGAAAAUGCUUUGUGUUGGACUAUGUUGCUGUACAGAAAGAGGUAUGAAAGAGCUUUGAGUGGCCUUAUGCACAAUCACCUCUUUCUUCCUUGUCUUGUGGAAUGAGUAACAGGGGAAGAGGUAGAGAGAAAAAGUAGUAUAUAUUUUGACAGUGUAUCGUACAAGUUCUUUUUGAGGGUCUCAUUUGGUCGAAUAAAACUAGUUUUUUAUUGUUUUGUAACUUAAAAUGAUAGAGCUGGUUGACUAAGCUUCUUUAUUUGAGAAAUGUAGUAAAUUUCAGUUUGAUGCAAGAUUUGGGUCUGAAUUUGUUUGAUAAAGCCUCUACUAGAGUAGUUCGUUUUUAAAUCGAGGGAAAAAUAAAUAAAUAAAAUAAAAUUUGAGGAUUGUUUCC